AUGUUUUGGUCUGCGGCUCCACAUUCAGAUUGGCUGCAGCCACUACGGCCAGAGGUACACUUUGGUUUUGAAGGAUUCCCCGAGCCUAUUUCGUGGAACGAACACACCACCCGCUACAUCGUGGAGCCUGUUUUGACGUCUUCAAGUACAGAUUCCCUCAGGAAGUUGGGACUCACGCCCAAAAAAUCAGUCGAAAUCACGGUUCCAGAAACAGGCAAAAAACGCACCAUUCAUGGGCGGUUUCUCCACAUCACAGAUUUCCAUCCAGACCCCCACUACAGGGCCGGCUCGAACGUAGACAAUAUGUGCCAUGGAGGCGAAGGCCAGGCGGGCAAAUACGGCGACGCCAUUCUCGGAUGCGAUGCGCCGAUGAUCUUGGUCGAGCAAACGAUCGAUUGGAUCGCAGAAAACUUGAAGGAUAAAAUCGAUUUCAUUGUAUGGACGGGCGACAAUAUGCGCCAUGAUAACGACCGCCAGUACCCGAGAACAGAACAAGACAUUUUUGCCAUGAACGAGCAGAUCUCCGAUCUAAUGUACAAGAAAUUCGGCGACAUGCCCGUGCCUUCUUUGGGAAAUAAUGACGUGUAUCCCCACAAUCUUUUUGCGCCUGGGCCGACGCUUCAAACACGGGAGUUAUACAAGAUCUGGAGACCCUUUGUGCCGCAGUCACAGCUCCACAUUUUCAACAGGGGCGUGUAUUUUUUCCAGGAAAUCAUCCCUAAUAAGAUGGCCAUUCUUUCCAUCAACACGCUCUACUUGUUCCAGUCGAAUCCAUUGGUCGAGACCUGUGACAAACGGAAGGACCCGGGCUACAAACUCUUUCUUUGGUUGGGCUACGUGCUCAAAGAAAUGAGACAACGAAACAUGAAAGUGUGGCUUACGGGCCAUGUUCCGCCCACGGCCAAGAACUAUGACAUAUCGUGUCUCCGCAAAUACAUUCUCUGGUCCCACGAAUAUAGAGAUGUGAUUAUCGGUGGCUUGUACGGACACAUGAACAUCGACCAUUUCCUCCCGUUGGACGCCAAACAGGCCUACAAGUCCAUGGAGAAAAAGUUUUCCAGCUUGGGGUAUCAAGCAGAGCAAAACUGGGACUCGGACUCGGACGAUGAGGGCUCUUUAGUAGACUUCGGCCUGUUGGAGGAAUUGUACGGCUUCUACAACUCCUCGGUCGUACAAGAUACAGUCGACAGCUUGGAACAGGAGUUUGGAUUUGAUCUCUCUUUUUCGAGAAACAUCGAGAUACAGGGCGGCACGCCGAUGAGGAAAGUCAAUUACAUGAAUUCUGUCAGAGAGGGAACAUACGCAAAAAUCAAAGGCCGCAAGAAAUCCGGAGCCCACGGAGAAAGGUACUCUGUGGUCCACGUGGCUUCGAGUAUAGUUCCCACUUUCAAUCCGGGAAUGCGUGUAUGGGAAUACAACAUCACUGAGUUGUAUGAAACCGAAUCAUACCAAGGUCUAGGCUGGGACCAGUUUUUUGCGCAGAUCGACCAGGUAUUCGACCAAGAAGAAGCUGCAGAUGAUGACGACAUGUUUGCCACUUUCAAAGAAAAAGCCAAGGCCUUAAAACGAGACAAGACAAUCCCUCGCAAAAUGCCGAAAAAUACGCCUUUGGGUCCUGCUUACGUGCCUCAGUUAUUUACACCCGAACGAUACGUGCAGUAUUAUCUCGACUUGAAGUCGGCCAACGACAAAACUAAAGAUUUCGGAUACGAGAUUGAGUAUACCACCGAUGACAAAUCCGGAUAUAAGAUGAAGGAUUUGAGCGUGGCAGAGUGGUUGAAACUUGGGCGGAAACUCGGCCAACCAAUCAGGAAUAAAGAUAAAGCCGAUACGAAGGGCAAACAGACCGUAUUAAGCAAACUCUGGCUGACGUUUUUGUGUUAUAGCUUUGUGAAUUCUGACUACGAGAAUCUUGGAUACGGAUAG